GACUAAACCCUCUAAUUCCCCCUCUUCAACUGCCCUACGGCCCCUCCUGCUCCCUCUUAGUAUAUCGCUUUGUGCCUAUUUUCCCUGCAUUCUUUCCCAAUUUUCACCUUCUCCGUUCUCUCAGUCGACUCUCAAUACAAGACUGGGAAACGAAGAACAACCCAUGGGGAUCCCGCCACCGACGUCCAUGGACAAAUUUCCUUCCCGCUUCCCUCCGCCGCGGCCAACAAACCCCUUCCCUCCUCCACUCCGCCGACCCAACGCCACCUCGGCCGGAGGCGGCGGCAAAAUCCUCUCCUCCUGCGCCCUCGCCACCUGCUUCCUCGUCCUCGUCACCAUCGCGCUUGCAAUCACCUUCUUCUUCCUCUUCCGGCCCCGCUCCCCCACGAUCCACGUCUCCGCCGUCCAGAUCCCCGGCUUCUCCUUCGGCAACGGCACCGUGAGCUUCACCUUCGCGCAAUACGCCGUCGUUCGAAACCCUAACCGCGCCGCCUUCUCCCAUUACGACAGCUCGCUGCAGCUAAUCUACGCCGGAAACCAAGUCGGAUUCAUCUACAUCCCCGCCGGUGAGAUCGACGGCGGCCGAACCAAGAACAUCGGGGGAAAGUUCUCCGUCGAUUCUUUCCCCAUUGCGGCCACGCCACCGAUGGCGGGGAUCAUGGAGGUACGUUCGAGGAUGAGGGUGAAGGGUAGGGUUAGGGUUUUGAGGUUUUUCACGCAUCACGUUGAGGCGACCGCCGGAUGCUUGGUGGGUGUAUCGGCCGGCGACGGAUCGGUGAUCGGGCUUAAUUGUUGAUUUGUGAACGGCCGAUCUGAUCUUGACGUUCGAGAUCUAGAUUUUUAGCUUUGUCAAUUAUGGAGGAGGAGGAGGUAAUGGAUCCUUCAACUCCACGCUUCGCAGAAGCUUUUCGACUUAGCUGCUUUCGAUCGCUUUCAUAAGUAAAGUGAAAGCUUAGUGGUAAAAGAAAAAGGUUUGAUAAAUGAGCUAUGUUGUUUUAUAAUAGGGAAAUUUACAUGCAUAUCACUUUAUUUCAUGUUAUUUAUAUA